CACACCCACUCUCUCCCACUUCCAGAGGGUUAUAUUUAGAGCUCCGAUUCUUCUCAUUUCUCAUCAAACACUUUGGGUUUCUCUUCUUAUUCUGCCUUUUUAGCUCCUUAGUGAUAUCUCUAGCUAAUUAAGAUUGGCUAUAGAUAGAUUCUUGAUUAGUAUCAAUGGCGGAUACAAGUGUUGGUAGUUGGGCUAAGAGAAUAUGUGUAGUUCCGACAGAAAAAACUCAACUGCACUUGGCCAUGUUGGCCUUGCAGUUUGGUUACGCUGGUUUUCAUGUUGUUUCUCGUGCUGCUCUUAACAUGGGCAUUAGCAAGCUCGUCUUCCCUGUCUAUCGUAACAUCAUCGCCUUGCUCCUUCUCGCUCCCUUCGCUUUCUUUCUUGAAAAGAAGGAGAGGCCUACUAUGACUCUGUCAUUUCUUGUUCAGUUCUUUUUCCUUGCGCUUAUCGGUAUCACAGCAAAUCAAGGAUUCUACUUAUUGGGUCUAGACAACACAUCACCCACAUUCGCUUCUGCCAUUCAGAACUCUGUUCCAGCUUUAACUUUCCUCAUGGCUGUUGCACUCAGGAUUGAACAAGUAAGAUUAAGUAGAAAGGAUGGAGUUGCAAAAGUGUUGGGAACACUAUCAUGUGUAGUGGGAGCUUCAGUGAUAACAUUAUACAAAGGACCUGCAAUAUUCAGUCCAUCUCCACCAACACUUCGGCAAACACUGCCUGUUGUAUUCCAAAAUCUUGGAGAUGCAAGUGGCAAGAAUUGGACAUUAGGAUGUAUUUAUCUGAUCGGUCAUUGUUUAUCAUGGUCAGGAUGGCUUGUACUACAAGCUCCUGUUCUUAAGAAAUACCCGGCUCGUCUUUCUGUUACCUCCUACACAUGUUUCUUUGGUGUUCUUCAGUUCUUAGCUAUUGCUGCUGUUGUCGAGAGAGAAUCACAAGCUUGGUUAAUUCACUCUGGUGCUGAGUUGUUCAGUGUUUUCUAUGCAGGUUUCGUGGCAUCUGGUAUCGCAUUUGCAGUACAAAUCUGGUGCAUUGACAGGGGAGGUCCAGUAUUUGUUGCUGUCUAUCAACCAGUACAAACCUUAGUGGUUGCUAUCAUGGCUUCACUUGCUUUAGGCGAGGAAUUCUACUUGGGAGGGAUAAUUGGUGCGGUAUUCAUCAUAGUUGGAUUAUAUCUAGUUCUAUGGGGGAAAAGCGAAGAGAUUAAAUUCAAGGCUUCUCAAAAUGCUCUAAUUCCCUCAUCAGCUCCAGAGCACCACGGCAACAACAACCGAGCAAGCAGCCAUAUCAAGUCCUCGUCCCUUGCUCAGCCAUUGCUCCCUCCAUCUAUCACCGAAGUGUGAGAAAAAACUUGCAUAAUCUCGUGAUUUCUUGUAUUACUUAAAAUGUUUGAUUAAACUAGUACUUAGUUUUUAUUUUGCCAAGAUUAGAAAACGUAAUGCGUGUAGUUUUUAUUUGCUUUGCAAGAAUUAAAGAGUGUCAGUCUCAGUCAUAUUAGUGUGCUACUGUUAAGCUAUAUGAUUACCGGCACCAUAUGGUGUCUAUGUUUGGAACAAGAAAGUGCAGUUUCUCUUUUGUUUUUUUACACCAGAAAGGAAAAGAGAACUUUUUUCUGA